UUACCAUGUUCACUGUGUAUGUGUGUGUGUGAUCAACUUAUUAUAACUUUAGUAUCAAGUUCCCUCUCAUUGAAUGCAAGUUGAAUGACUAAAAACUGAAUUCUGUUCAAUCAGUGAAACAAGCAAUAGAAAGGAGAAAAAUAAAGCGAUAUUUCUUUUCCAUUCAUUAGCAUUUUGUUUAAUUGUCUUUUUUGUGCCAUCAAUUUCAUAAUUAACAACCUCAUUAUCAACAUGGAUGUAAAGUGAAAGUUUCAAUUGAAUCACCAUGAAGGGUUAACAAUUAUCGAAUUUUUUGGAAAAUUUCAAAAUUCGAAAAGUUUCAUCAAAGUUUGACUUUAAAAUUUACUCUCAAAAGCAUAUCAAUUUUUUGGAAUAUAAUUCAUUUCGAUCAGCAAAAUGCUCAACCUAAAAGUGACUUGAUUGUUGGUUUAUCUUCAAUCCCUUUCCACUCAUCAAACAAGGAUCAUUCAUUGUUAAUGUUAUUGUGCAUAAAGUUACAUUAUGAUCAACUCUGCUAAUCUAUUUUUACUUCUUGCUAUUUAUCAUGUUAUUCAGGAGACCAGGCUGGUUACAUCUUUACGAUUGAUUAUGUUUGAUUUACCUUCUCCCGUGAUGCGUGGUGAUUCAGUUGAACUUUCAUGUAUUUAUGAACUUGAAAAUGAUCGUUUAUAUUCAGUUAAAUGGUACAAGAAUAAUGUUGAAUUUUACCGAUUUGUACCAAGAGAUUGGCCACCCGGUCAGUUUUUACCUCAUAAAGGAAUUCGAGUUGAUUUAUCAAGAUCAGGGAAAAAUUCCGUUUAUUUAAAAGAUGUCGACCUUAAUUCAACAGGAAUUUACCGCUGUGAAGUUUCAGCCGAAGCUCCUACUUUCAACACGGCUGAGAUGGAGAAAGAAAUGAAAGUUUUUGUUUUGCCUUCUGAAGGACCAAAAAUUACUGGAACAAAGCGUCAGGUAAAAUUGGGUGAUUCAAUUAAUCCAAAUUGUACUUCAUCCAAAUCAAAACCAGCAUCAACCUUAAGAUGGUUUAUAAAUGGUAAUGAGGUUGGAAUUGAACAUCAAAGUUCUCAUUCAACGACAUUACAUGAAGAUGGACUGGAAUCUUCUCAUUUAGGUUUAAAAAUGAUUGUUAAAGAUGAACAUUUUAAGAAUGGUCUAAUGAAAAUCAAGUGUACAGCAACCAUAUCAAGAAUUUAUAUCAUGUCCAAUGAAGCAACGAUACGAGCUGAAGGCUUAAGCCAUCAAUCAUCAAGGCUUCAUCUGAGUGAAAAUUUAAACCAAGCUGUUCAACCUUCUGCAACAACAAGCUGUUUCUUAUUAACCAAUUCACUGACACUCAUCUCAAUUAUACUGAUUAAUCUUCUAUUGAAUCAGUUGAAAACAUAAGAUCAAAAAGUGCAUCAAAAUGUAAUAUUGUAAAAUCAUCAAGACACGUUUAAAGUUUUAAAACAAAAAAAACAAACUUUGUCCAGUUAGUCAGUCAACUAAAAACAAGAGUUGCAAAGUAAACUCAAUUAGACUGGAUGAAAACUGGUGAAAACAAUUGAACAGAUAAUUUGCUCAAAAGAACAAAACAAUCACAUGCGAGAAUCAUGCUGUAAAAUAUGAAGAAACUGAAACUUAUUUGAAAUCAAAGAUGAACCAAGUGUACUUUUGUAGAAGCAGAUGGAGCCACAGAGAUUGACUCUUCCAAAGUAAACCAGAUUUAAAGACAGUUUUUCCCUGCAAAUUGAUACAUCAUUACAAUAAGUGCAAAGCCAAAUCAUGAGUUGCGACUUCGAGGUUGAAACAAAAGACCAUUAGGAACCCAUAAUGUCUACAACAUUGGCAUCGACAAUCAAUAGAUUAUCAAUCAAUCUGCAGAUGAAAUCAAUCUUUACAUUCGUCUUGCUCUUCUCCCUUUGGCUCGAUAAUUUCCAUCAUUCAUUGUAUCAAUUUUUCAAGUGGCUUUAUUCACUCAAUCAACUUGAUUAGACAAUGGGUCUAGUCAAUCAAAUGGUCUUCGUUGAGUCAACAAACGUUUCUCUCUUCGAUUCAAGCAAUGAUAAUCAAUUUUUUUUCGUAAAACAAAAAGUCUGCAUAGACAAUCGAUCCUGUGGCGACAAUUGAAACUUUGAUUCAUCAUGAACAACUUUGGAAAUCGAUCAAAGGCACAUUUAUCAAUGAACGAGAACCAGCUUUUUGCACAACAUUGAACUGUUGUGUAAGUUGAAGGAUGAAAGGGGCGAAAAACUAAACAAAGUAUUGUAUUAAUUGUAAUAUUGUUUUAUUUACUGCGAAAUCAAGGAAUGUUAAGGUUGAUUCCAAAUUAUUAAAAGUUGUUGAUUCAACGAUUAUUUUUUAGUGAGAUUGAUCAAGCUUCUUGAAAAAUCAUUAACAAUUAAAGAUUUAUUUGUAACAUUUUGUUGAUUUUAA